AUGAAAGCCGCACGAUACUACAAAGCCGGCGAUGUCCGCAUCGAGGACGUGCCUCGCCCCGAACCUUCGCACGACAAGGUCCUGGUCGCUGUAGAAUGGUGCGGAAUAUGCGGCAGUGAUCUGAACGAAUAUCUCUUCGGUCCCAUCGCCGUCCCAAGUGAAAAGAACGGCCGGCACCGUCUCACAGGCGACAUCCUCCCCGUCACCAUGGGCCACGAAGUAACCGGCCGAAUCAUCCACGCACCCACGACCCCAUCUUCAUCGAACACCUUGAUCACCGGCCAAGCCGUCGUCAUCGACCCACGCUUCUACUGCUCCUCUUGCGCGCCUUGCAUCCAAUCCGUCACUAACUGCUGCGACGAUAUCGGAUUCCUAGGUCUCUCUGGCGGAGGCGGCGGGCUCUCCGAGGUCGUUGCCGUUCCAGAGUCCAUGGUCCAUGUUCUUCCCGAGAAUGUCGAUCUAGCUGCCGCGGCGCUGAUCGAGCCGCUCGCUGUUGCGUGGCAUGCUGUGCGGCUCGGCACGGAAGCACUGAAUAUGGACCUCGGUGACGUGCCUAUCCUAGUGGUUGGUGCUGGACCGGUUGGCGUAGCGACUGUCUUUGUUUUAAAGGCUUGCGGAGCACGCAUGGUUUUUGUCUCGGAACCGUCAGACGCAAGAAGAGAGUCGAUACAGCGUACUGGUCUUGUCUGUGCGGCGUGGGAUCCAGCUGAGGUGGAUGUUGCAGCAAAAUGCAACGAGGUAACUGGUGGCGGUGUUGGCCUUGUCUUUGACUGUGCUGGAUCCCAGGAUGCACUGCAGGCCGGAGCAGGUAGUAUUCGAUUUAGAGGCAUUUAUGUUAACUUGGCUGUGCCGAAGAUGCCAGUGAGCAAAUCCCCCCUCCCUCCCCCCUUUCUUACAGCAUUUGCUUCAUAUAUACAUACAUGUAUGUAUAUAACUCUACCUAUUUUGCCGUUUCUAAAAAAGGAGAUCACAUACAAGUGUUCGCUAGCUUAUGACCAGGAGGACUUCAAGCAGACAGUAGCUGCGUUUGUUGCUGGACGGUUCGAAGGAGUUGAGACCAUGAUUUCCAGACGUGUCCUGCUGGACGAGAUCGUAGAGAAGGGAUUUAAAGAGUUGACCCAGCCGAAUAAUCAUAUCAAGAUUCUGGCUACACCAAGGGUAGAUCUGCUCUUCUAG